UAUAUCAACAUAGCAAGUGAUAAGGAACAACGUAGAAUCAGAUUUAGCAUUCCAAAAUGAGGGCUAUUUACAUUUUCCUCACUAUUUCAACAAUUGUGGUCGCAAAUAAUCAUCAGAAAAGAUUCAUUGAUCCAGUGAAAAAUGGAUACGAAGCCCGAUGUGCAGAAAUCCAAGCUUUGAAUGAAAACCACUGCGGUAUAGCUGGUUUAUGGACAAAUCAGUUAAAAUCUGUCAUGGAAUUCACGUGUAAAGAUGGUCAUCUCAAUGGUCGUUACAAUACAGCAGUUGGACAAGCAGAUGAUUACUACAACUUAACCGGAAAGUAUACUAUGUCUGGUCCAAAUGGUGCUGACUGUGUUAUGGGAUGGGUUGUUUCCUUCAACAACAAAGUAUUUGGAAACUCCAAUUCAACGACUGCAUGGUCUGGCAUACAUUACGCACAUGAGCAUAUAAUUCGGACCCACUGGGUACUUACAUAUUGGCACCCACUGGAAGACAUCAGGCAGACAACAACUAUAAACCAUGACGACUUUGUUAGCCUCUGUUAAAACAGUUCAUAUUUCUGCAUAUUGUUAGAAAAUAAAAAAACAACACUCAAAACUUUAAAAUCACAUAAUUGCACAGAACCUUUUUUGCUUUCUAUUUAAAAUAGUUUUGAACAAUAUGCAGUCAUUUUGAAAAUAGUGAAACUAUGCUUACCCAGAAAUCAUGAAUUUAUCAUUUUGUGUAAUGGUCUACCCAAACUGAAUUGUUUUGUCUCACUCCGUGACUUGAUCCACUAUGUAACGGUAUGGCACCUACCUCUGUUACCUCCAAAUGCCAAAAUAGGCAGCUAUUGCAGGAAAUUUAGAAAUUGCCCAUUUAAAUUGGUUAUCUGGUUUAAUCACUGGAGUCGUUAUCGCGCUCACACCAGUUAAAUGAAACGGUCCUAUUCAUCCGGAAAGUUUUAUUUCUGAAAACUUAACGGCGAAACUCUAAAGGAGUGUAUGUCUUUAGAAUAUCAACACAAGACUUGAAAAAUAUAUGAAAAUCUGAAAUUAUUUUGAUAAACUGUGUAUAUGUAAUUGUGUUAUUACAACAGCACUUUGAUAAGCAUUUUUUUUUCGACUCGGAUAUAUUCGUCCAGGUCUGGUUCACAUUAAGCUCUUAAGUACAAUUUUGCUUCUCUCCUAAACAGGAGACUGCCAGCUAUAUCAGUGACAAAACACAAAUCUUGAUAUAUUCUGAAAAAAAUUCAUAUAGCAAAAAAUUAUGACCAGUCGCUAUAAGAAUGAUUGCAUUUUGACGAAUUUGUACAGCAUAGUACACGAUAUAUGCGCUUAAUUAUUUUAAUGAAAAUAUAGUGACGUUUAACGAUGAUUAUUUUAGAUUUAUAUGACAUCUGAUGCAUCGAUGGAAUCAUAUGGAAUAUUGUCUAUAGUUGAACAUAUUUUAUCAUAUGUAUUUAAACCAAAAAGAAAUGUUCAGAUUAGAUUUAGCGAAUUCAAUUAAUUGAUGAAGUAAAUAGGAAUCAGUCUGGAAUGUACUCUUAUAUUGUUAGAAGAACUAUUUUCAAAACAUUAACAUUGAUAACAAUUUGUCAACAUUUACAUUUCGCAUUUGAAGGACUAA